UCAGAAUUCCCCAUAGGUGUUCGACUGGGUUCAGAUCAGGAGACAUACAUGGCCACUGAAUCACUUUCACCCUUUUCUUCUUCAGAAAAAGUGGCCAUAGAUGUGUGUUUUGGAUCAUUGUCAUGCUGGACACGACCAAGGGCAUGGAGUGACGGUAGCAUCUUCUCUUUCAAUAUACAGCACGUAUGCAGCCUCACAGAAGGACACUGCCACCACCAUGUUUCACUGUAGGAACCAUGCAUUUUUCUUGGUACUUCUCACCUUUUCAACACCAUACAGUUUUGAAGCCUUCAGUUCAAAAAACAUUUCUUGGUCUUAUCACUCCAGGGUAAAGAGUCCCAGUAGUCUUGUUCUUUUUCAGCAUGAGCCCUGGCAAAUUCUAGGCGGGCUUUUUUGUGCAUUGGCUUUAGGAGAGGCUUCCUUCAUGGACAAUAUCCAUGCAUGCCACUCCUCUCCAGUGUACACCAUAUUGUGUCACAAGAGAAAAUCACCUCAGUUUGGCUUUCUUCUUUGGCUAACUGCAGUGAACUUGCAUGGUGAUUUUCUUCAGCCAUUAUCAUCA